UCUGCUCUGUAGACCAACAUUUGACGAACCUCUGAGAAUAUUUUAGUUAGAGAUCGUAAGUAAUUCUAUCGGAGGGGAGAGAGACAAGAGAUAUGGCACGAGAGGGUGCCUUUAUCUUUUUCCUGCUUUUCGCAGGAUCGUCGGUGUGCGCCCAAAGGGGACCUUCCAUGCUCGGGGGUUGCCCUGUCCUCGGGGCGCCCACCAACGGCAUGAUCAGUUGCCAAACGGACAGCAUGGGAACUCUGGUAUGUGUGCCCACGUGUCUCGAGGGAUACCAGUUCGCGGGGCCGUGUCCAGCCAGCUUCAAGUGCGUGGAUGGCAAGUGGUCGCCCGCCGGGGGAUUCCCUGACUGCGUCCCCACUGCUUCCGCGGUGACGGCCUCUGGUUCGCCUGUUAACACGGGGAUCCAGACCAGGGCCGUCAUCCCGCCGGACCAGGAGGGGCACUGCGCCGCGUGGGGCCAGCACAACUUCCGCACGUUCGACGGCAGUGUGUACCAGUUCAAAGGGGCGUGCCGCUACGUCUUGGCCAGUGACAUCUUUGCAGAUACUUUCAACAUCCACGUCUGCAACGACCGUCACUGCCAGCCAGGCGAGCCUUGCUCCCGCUCCAUCAACAUCUACAUGGGUGACGUGGAGAUGGAACUGCGCCAGUCGGAGGACGGACCGAUGGUCUACUGUGAUGGCAACCUUCUGACCAUCCCGACCACCGCCUUUGGAGCCUUGAUUGAGAAGACCUCUCACUUCAUCAUCGUGAGGAGCGGUCUGGGCUUCAAGCUGUGGUGGGACGGACAAGAGGCAGUCUUCCUCACGGUGUCCGAGUCGUUGCUUGGAAAGACGGGUGGUCUUUGCGGCAAGUUCAACCGGGACCCUACCGACGACUUCACCACUCUGCACGGGAGGCUGGUUUCUGACGCCGCAACGUUUGCAAACAGUUGGAAAAUGGAGAGUCUAUCAGCUCCAUGCCCAAAUGCCCCGACCAACACCUACUGCACAUUUGACACGACAGAGACAUACCAGGUGGCAGUCAAUGCCAUCAACCUCUGUAGCUGUCUGCUGGAGACACCAUGCAAGGCUGUUGUGGACCCCACGCCUUACUUCGAGGCAUGUAAGGAGGACGUGUGUUUCUGCUCCACCCAGCGUCAGGGCUGUGAGUGCAGCUCUCUGGAGGCAUACUUCAGGGAGUGUUCACGGUUCAAUGUCCACCACAGCUGGAGAUCACCAGGCCGUUGUCCCAUGUCGUGCUCCAACGGAAUGGUGUAUGACUCCUGUGGCUCAUCCUGCCCUGCCACCUGCUCAAACACUGAUUACAACUGUGUGGACGACCACUGUGUGGAUGGCUGCCACUGCCCCAGGGGCACCUACCUGCACAACGGCCAGUGUGUGACGCGGGACCAGUGUCCCUGUACCUACCAGGGCAAGGACUAUGGUGCUGGUGACAGGAUCACGAGGGACUGCAAUGAGUGUGUGUGCUUCAUGGGCAAGUGGACCUGCACUGAUCAUCAGUGUGAAUCUACCUGUUCUGUGACUGGAGAGAACCACUUCCAGUCAUUUGAUGGAGUGCGAUUUGACCUGUUGGGAACGUAUCAAGCAUCCUUCAUUCUGGCCACAAACAUCCGCAGGGAUGACGACCCCUUCCGUGUCACAUACAACAUACACGACUGUCACAAGGAGCAUUGCAAGAGGUCCCUGACAGUUGAACUUGGGGGCAAGACACUGAAGAUGCUCCCAGACCAUGAGCUGAUGAUCGAUGGGGAGGAAAUCAUCACCCUUCCUUAUCGCUCUCAUGAGUUCUUUGUUGACACCGUUUCAACCAUCUACCAAAGGGUUACGACAUCAAAUGGACUGAACCUUUUCUGGGACGGUAAUCACCGCCUGUAUGUGUUGGCCAGUCCUGAGCUGAUGGGCCGCACCUAUGGUAUGUGUGGUAACUACAACAACAAACAGAAGGACGACUUCCUCACCAGGGAUGGCGAUGUGGAGAUCACAGCAACCAAUUUUGCAGCUAAGUGGAUAGUCAGUGGCUCAGGACCAAAGUCUGAUGAAGGCACCCACCAUCCAUGUGAGAUCUACUCCCAGAGGAGGAGCACUGCUCUGAAGUCCUGUAAGGUCAUCAGAGAGGAUCCAUUCACACAAUGCCAUGACUUGGUGAACUUCAAGGCGUACUACGACAACUGUUUGUAUGACUGCUGUGCAUCAGAUGCCACAGAUGGACUGACCAACCUGUGUGAUGCAAUCGCAGACUACGCUUUUGCAUGUGCCAAAGCAGGUGUCAAUGUGGACUGGAGGAACUCAGUGCCUGGGUGUGAAAUGACCUGCCAUGGUGACAAGGUGUACUCCCACCAGGCACCCAGCUGCCAGGUCUCCUGUGGGUCUCUGAAUUCCGCCUGCACUCAGCAGACUGUGGAGGGCUGUGUCUGUCCCCAGGGCACGGUUCUGGACUACGAUGGCCACUGUGUCAUUCCUGAACAGUGUUCCUGUAUACAUGAGGGCAAGGAUUACGAGGCAGGAGAAACCAUCCGUCAGGACUGCAACAUCUGUGAGUGCCAUAAGGGUUCUUGGGUGUGCACAGAGAAUGAAUGUCCACAGGAGGAGGAGUGUGCAACCAAUAUGGAGUGGUCCCACUGUAAAACGGAGUGCCCAAGGACCUGUGAGAACAUGCACCUUAGGCAGACAUGUAUCACCAGGAAAUGUGUGGCUGGCUGUCAGUGCAACAAUGAAACAGUGUGGAAUGGCAAGUCGUGCAUCACCCCUGAGUCCUGCCCAUGCCAGCAUGGUGGCAGGAGCUACCAGGAGGGACAGACGAUGAAGAUCGACUGCAACACAUGCCGUUGCCAGGGACGCAAGUGGACUUGUGAGACAAAUGAGUGCCCAGGGGUGUGUUCAUCCUAUGGUGACCCUCACUACAAGACCUUUGAUGGAAAGGAGUAUGACUACCAGGGUGAGUGUGAGUAUGUGCUGGUGCGCAGUAAGGACAGCAACAGCCACCAGUUCUCCAUCACAACAGAGAACAUCCCCUGUGGUACAAGCGGUGUCACCUGCACAAAGUCUGUCACUGUCUCCGUCGGUACUGGCAAAAAGACCAGGAGAAUCACCCUUGUCCGAGGCAAGCCAAUAGUUGCAGACCGAGGCUCUGGCUUCUACGUACGAACAGCUGGCAUGUUCCUCUUCCUGGCCACGGAGUUUGGUUUGAGUGUACAGUGGGACAAGGGUACCAGGGUGUACGUGAAGCUGGAUCCCAUGCACAAGAACCAGGUUGAAGGUCUCUGUGGCAACUACAAUGAGGACCAGAAUGAUGACUUCACCAUGCCAAAUGGAAUUGCAACACAAGAUGACAAUGACUUUGGCGACUCUUGGCGCCGACAUGACUACUGUCCUAAGGCUAAGGAAAUCAAGGACACGUGCUCCCUCCAUCCUCACAGGAAGGCAUGGGCACAGCGCCAGUGUGCCAUCAUCAAGUCUGACUUGUUCAAGGCUUGCCAUGCUUUGAUUCCAUAUCAAGGCUACCUGGACAGGUGUGUGUUUGAUGCAUGUGGCUGUGACAGUGGUGGUGACUGUGAGUGCCUGUGUACUGCUGUAGCUGCCUAUGCUCAAGCCUGCAACUUCCAUGGUGCCUAUGUCAGCUGGAGAACCCAAGAGCUGUGCCCUCUGCAAUGCGAGGGCUGCAUGAGGUAUGCCCCAUGUGUAAGUGCCUGUCCAAAGACCUGCACCAACUACAAGCAUUGGGAUAUGGUGGAAGAGAAGUGUGAGGAAACCUGUGUGGAGGGAUGUGACUGCCCAGAAGGGGAAAUCCUGAGUGAUGAUGGGAAGCAAUGUGUUCAUCCCAAAGACUGUGUGUGCAUGCAUGUGGAGGGUAAGGCUUACUACGAGGGUGACAAGAUUGAGUCCAUGUCUGAUGACUGUCGUAGCUGUUACUGCACAAAUCGUGAGAUUCAAUGCAUAGGUCUUCCAUGUGUGGGGACAACAACAACACCUUGGAUGCCAACAAUGGCAGAGACCACAACAACCACUACAACUCCUGAGCCAACAACACUUGCUACAACAACCUGUCCAGAAGACCAGCUGUAUCCCUGCUCCUUCACGUGUGAGCAGACGUGCCAUUGCUUCCGUGCUGUGGUGACGGAGUGCGAGUAUGGCUGGGAUAAGACUUGCGUGGCGACCUGUGGUGUCUACAAGGGCUGCCCCACUGGACAGCUGCUCAGGGACAUCGAUACAUGUGUCAAGAUUGAAGAGUGUCCCUGUAGGCUGGAGAAUGGUACACUUGUACCGCCUGGCACCUCAUGGAAAGAGGACAAGUGUACAUCAUGUGUCUGCUGGAACAAUCAGAUGAAGUGUGUAUCUACCUGUCAGACAACCACACCCGAGCAGAGGAUGAGCACAACAACAGUCAUAACCACCACGGCACCAGAGACAACUGUGCCCGUGACUACUGAAUGUCCACCUGGCCAGGUGUUACAACCAUGCUCCUUCACAUGCAAGGAGACCUGCAACUCCUACAGAAAGAAGAUCACAGAGUGUACUUAUGGCUAUGAUGAGACAUGCUGCCCAAGGUGUGGGGAGCCCCCCAAGUGCCCUCCUGACUAUGUUCUGUUGGAUGCCAACACCUGCUGCAAGGUCUCUGAGUGCCCCUGUAUGCUUGAGGAUGGCACAAUUAAGCCGGCUGGCAGUGUAUGGUGGAAAGACAAGUGUAAUGUCUGCAGGUGUGAAGAAAACCAGGAAAAGUGUGACAAUGUCUGCGGAACAACUACUCCAGAAACUGAAACUACAACUCUACCUGAGACAUACACAACCACAUCAGAGACAUACACAACCACAUCAGAGACAUACACAACCACAUCAGAGACAUACACAACCAGGCCAGAGAAGACCUACCCUGAGACCACUGGGACAGAGACUUAUACAACAACGUAUAAAACACCAAGGAAGGUGACAACUCCCUCUUCAACAACAACUUCAGAGACAUACACCACCAGGCCAGAGCAGACCUACCCUGAGACCACCAGGCCAGAAAGGACGUAUCCUGAGACAACAAGGCCAGAGAGGACCUACCCUGAGACUACCAGGCCUGAGAGGACCUACCCUGAGACCACAAGGCCAGAGAGGACCUACCCUGAGCCAGAGAAGACCUAUCCAGAGACUACCAGGCCAGAGAAGACCUAUCCUGAGACCACAAGGCCAGAGAAGACCUAUCCUGAGACCACCAGGCCAGAGACUUACCCUGAGACUACCAGGCCUGAGACAACAACAUACAAAACACCAAGGAAGGUGACAACUCCCUCAUCCACAACUCCAGAGACAUACACCACCAAGCCCGAGGAGACUACCACCACUAAGCCUGAGGAGACUACCACCACAGCACCUGAAUAUCCAACAACAAGCCCAAUUGUCACAAUGUUGAAUACUGUCUACAUGAGCCUGUCCAUGGUGCUGAAAACUGUGCACAUGUCCCUGGCACUGAAUGCCAUCUAUAUGGCUCUGUUCCUGGUGCUGAAUAUCAUCCACAUGGUCCUGUCUAUGGUGCUGAAUUAUCCACAUGACUCUGCCCCAUCUCAAUGUAAGAAGAGGGUUUAUGGCUGUGCCUUCAAGUGUGAGGAGACCUGCCACUGCUACCGCUACAAAAUCACCCAGUGUUCAAGUGGUGAUGCCAGUGCAUGUGUCCCAACAUGUGGAGAGUGCCCUCCAUGUCCCAAGGGAUACGUCCGCAAAGACCAAUACCACUGCAUCAAGCCAACUGAGUGUGACUGCAUCGCCCAUAAUGGUGUUAUUGUUCCGUCUGGUACCACUCAGAAGAUCGAUCAGUGUACAGUCUGCAACUGCUAUGACAACAAAAUGACCUGUGUCAACCUAUGUACAACGUCAUCUGUGCCAACGACAACUCCAUCAAUUACAACUACUGGGUACAAAACUCCAAGGAAGCUUACUACGGAGAAAACUACACCAGUUACUACGACAGUGCCUACUACUCGAUGCUACACUGAGGAGGAAGCCUGCUCCUGGACAGCAUGGAUGGAUGCCUGCUACCCAACUCCCGCAACAAGGGGUGACGAUGAAUCCUUCACAAACCUUCGUCGCCAUGGCUUUAACGUUGGUGGGGCAAACCAGAAGGUCAACAGGAUCCAAUGCCGCACUGUUGGAACACACAUUGACUACUCCAGGACAGGCCAGAAUGUCGUGGCUAACUGUGAGGUUGGCUGUGUCUGUACUCAUGCCACUGGUCCCAGCAAGUUCCAGAUGAUGAUGAGAGGAAUCAGCCCUUACUGUUACAACUAUGAAGUGCGUCUGCUGUGCUGUGCCAAUGUUCCUAUUUGUUCUGAACGAACAACGCCAGGCACACCUGUCUUUACGACCAGGCCAGAAGAAGAUACCACCACAAGGACACCCAGGAAAGUUACAACACCUGGAAUGGAAACAACACCUGAGGUUUACACCACCAAGCCAGAGAUUUACACCACCAAGCCAGAGGUGUACACCACCAAGCCAGAGGUGUACACCACCAAGCCAGAAGUGUACACCACCAAGCCAGAGGUGUACACCACCAAGCCAGAGGUGUACACCACCAAGCCAGGAGUGUACACUACCAAGCCAGAAGUGUACACCACUAAGCCAGAAGUGUACACUACCACCCCAGAGAGUUUGACAACAACUGAAUGUACGAAGAAGGUCUACGGGUGUUCCUUCAAGUGUGAUGAAGUGUGCCACUGUUACCGGACCAAGAUCACCCAGUGUGCAUAUGGAGAUCCUAAGGCCUGUGUACCGACAUGUGGGGAGUGUCCACCCUGCCCUGCUGGGUAUGUUAGGAUGGACAGGGACAGGUGUAUCAAGCCAGCAGAAUCCUGGGACUACAAAGAAGAUUGA